UAGAUAGCAUAUGUGUAGCGGUUAUAGGUAUUAAAUAGUCACGAUUUUUAUAAUGUGAAUAACCUAUAUUCUAAAUGUGCAAAAAUAAUAAAUUUGAAUGGGAAUGUUUUGCGGUUUUAGGGUAUCCUUUAGAUUUUUCAUACUUGUUGUACGAAUCAUACAAUUAUUAAUAAACGAAAUACAAUUAAGCCAGUUGCCACUUCCUCAAUUGGUAUAUAACCUCAAAUUAGUUCCAUAGCAAUGCAUCAGUAACUUUACGUCAAUUUGACAUUUUAUGUCCCUGUGAACGUCUUUUAAAGGCAUUCGUUGUUCUUUGCACGCACCUCCUCAACGUUUUUAAGAGUCUUUUGAACUUUCAAUGUGUGGUCAAUUUAAGCGAAAUUUCCGGGUUCAUUUGCAAAUUAAAAGCAUUAAUGACGCACAUCAUGGCAACCAAAUCUGUGGUUCCUUUCACAUGUCUCAGCUGCUUUCUUUAGUUUGAGAAAAUAUUCAGAAGUUUUCACAUGCUUUAUAUGCAUAAUGAAGCAUAUAUAAGUGGACUGAUAAGAACUCCAAAACACGUUUCGAACAUUUUGAUUGAGAAUGAUAUUGAAGCAGGCCAUUUGGAUAUUUGUCUCCCUUGUGUUAUGGGAGUACAGCAGAUACAGCAGCAAAGCGUUUGGGUUUAACAUUGACCGAGUCGAGAAGAAGAACUGUGAUAUAGAAGGGUGCAUCAGACUUCUCAAACGAUGUGGUAUUAGCAACCUACGCUUUGAUAAAAAAUUAUGUAAGUGCUCCUGUCUUGAAGAGUUAGCAUCAACAGUGACACCUGACGCCAUGCUGCAUUCGAGCACUGGAACGUCACCAACAGACCAAGAUGGCAGCACAACGACUGCAAACAAAAGGGGGCUUAACCCUUCGAUGUGUGGUUCAUGCGUCCACGGAGACUGUGUCGAGAUAGAGCUGGGUAAUUUGACUUUGAUUUCGCCCCGUCUUACUGGUCCUUUUUACCAGUGCCAGUGUCACGAAAACUGGGCUGGGUCGGACUGCAAUACCGACUGUGGAGAUUUAGACUGCCAUGGGCAUGGCCAAUGUUUUGCCAAGACACCGGGAAACCCUGUAUGCGAUUGCGACGAUGGAUUUAUACCACCGUUUUGUAAUGAAACAAGGAAGACAAACUGAGACAAAUUGGGCAACUUGGAAGGAAAACGUUUUUUUUUUCUACUUAGAAAAGUUAUUUUUCUACCUCGAACUUUCCAGCAAGACACAUCAAGAUGACCAAUACCUCACUGACCCUUUUAUGUUUUUUAAGCGCUUUCCUGGCCAGUGGGUAGGCUAUUUGACUUGGGCCAGACUGGCGUUUUACAAUAUUUAUCAUGAAUAUCUUCUGACAAGUGUAUUGUAUCGGGGUAGGCAUAGAACACGAAUUACACCAAAAAGUAAAUGUGAUCGCAAAUAUUCUGCCAGCUCCCAUUAGGACGAGUUGCUCGAUCGUGUAGCCUAACUGGUCGUGAACAGAGGUUGUCAAGAUGUUGAGGAGAGUGAUAGCUAAUUAACGAGGGUUUAUUGAAGAGUAAGGACAAGCAAGUGAAGCGACCGAAUGGAUAAACACAUCAGCACCUUCGCCAGCCGUAAUAAAUAAUCUCAAUGGUCGAAAAAGUAUUUAUUUAUAUAUUUAUCAUUAUAUGGUUAACAGUUACCCAACAGCUUUCACAUGUUGUUUAAUUGACAAAUAUAUUUUUUUACAUUAGACGAUGUACAAUUACCAUUGAUAUUUAAUUUUUAUAAAAUGCCGUUAACCUCAAAGACUUAGUCUUCUAUAUUCAAAUCAUUGGUGUGUACGAAGUAUGGUUUUCAGUAUUAUGUUAUCUAAGUCACGGGUCAAUGUAAAAGACCAUCUUAAAACGGUGGAGAGCGACUUCGCUAUUCAAAAUAGUGACGUUUUUAGUGAAGAGUAAAUGGAAUCUGAAAAGCGAGUAAAUGUGCGUAUCCACCUAGAAACGCGAUCUUACUUUAAGCACCUCAGAUGUUACAUUUGAGUAUUUCCUUAUUCAUUUACAUGACAUUUGGUUUUAUGUCGAUGUCAUGUCCUCGAAUGAGUUUGUCAACAUGAAAGUACCAAAGAGUGUGACUGUCAUAAAAAAUCUUUCGAAAGCGACAUAUGGAAUACUGUAAGAGAAAAGGUGGAUUGUUCAUCUAAUACAGAACCAAAAUGAUGUCCUUCGUAAUUACAUGUAUAGAUUAGCCAAUCCAAUACCAAGGGUGACGCACUUCCAAAUGGAAUGUGUUGGUAGUGAUUUUUACUGAAGUAUACCUCCUAUAACAAUGAGUGGCACAAGUGCUGCUAAAGCAUUGAUAAAUGUAUGCCGAACUGCAGAUUAAUAUAACAUGUGAAUAAAUAGUUUUUACCAGAUGAGAACUGUCAGGUUUUCGUUCACAUUAACUUUUUUGGGGCCCUAUGAAUUGCAUUUUAGAUUGAAAAUGGAAGGGGUCUGUUUUGUUUUGCCAAUUGUCCAACUUAACAUUUUUUUCCUUUAUGUACUUCUAAGAAAUUAUUUUCAAUAGGGGAGAUAUUUUUUCUGUUGUGUUUAUUGAAAGACGUCAUGCAGCCAAUCACAGGCGAGAUUCUAUAGUCACUGAAGGAAGUAACCCGAGAGUUCUUACUUCAGUUGAAUGAUAUAAUACUGUGAUUGAGUUGACUAUAACAUUCGUGUAUACUAGUACAUAUUUUGGGUAAAUGAUUAUACCUUUAGUGUUUUGAGGUUAAGUAACUAAAUAGUGUAGGCGUUAUAUUUCUAUACAUGCUCCUUGAUGACAUGUACUUUUUGAGAUGAGAUCAUUCCCAUCGAAGAAGACUAACAACAGAUUAUACGUAAUCCAAGCUUACACGAAACAUACCGACACACCCCUUAAAUUACAAAAAAAGUUAGAAAAUCACGUACCUAGGCUUCCAAUGUACAAAGCGAAUUUUGGAAAAUAUCUUUUGUGCGUGCUUGUUUGCAUGCGUGUCUAAGUGCAUGUCUUGGGGAAUAGGCGAGAAGAUUUGAGUCAAGUUUUGCCUAGAACGUUAUUCGUUCUUUACUGGGGAAUCAAAAUAGAACUUGUUAUUAUUCCUACUGCAAUGACGGGCAACAAGUCAUGAUUAGAAAGAAUGGUUACUCUUAGUUUUGUACGGGAAUACGAUAUAUCUUAGGGGCAAGCACACAGUAACUCCCACUACCGCCACCUUUACUUUAUCUGUUACCUUUUCGGUCCCAGUGCCUUUCAGCUGUUACAGUGACUGUAAUUAUUUUUUGACCUUAUUGUCAUGCAAGUUAGCGAUCAUCUACCGCUUUGGGCAAACUGAACAGCACACAGCAAUUGACUUUAUAAUUAGUCAUAUAAAAUAAUAUCCACAGACGGUGCAAUACCAAUAUGCAUGAUGGUGAGUUGUAUGGAAGUUUUGGUUCAAACAUCAUGAGAACAUUUUGGUCUUUAGAUGAAGUCGCCAUUGAAGUAUACUGUGAAAAAAAUGUUGGGAAUUAAUCCUCGGAAUAGAAUUACUUCAACUUAGAAUAUUUAUGUCAUUAUGGUGACAAUCAAAUUAACAAGAUGACGUAUGUUGUUUUCGCAAAGGAUUUACGCCUAUGGUACCUUGGAGUUGAAGUUUUUGAUGUCUUUUUGCGCUAUCGAAGGCGUCUUAGGGUAGAAUACUGCAGUAAAGGACACAUUUUAAUUCAAUAUAUUUGGUGACAUAUACCCGCUUGUCACAUUGUGAAAGUGAGGCAUACAAUGGAAGUUGGUUAGUUCAAACAUCGCAGGAUUUGUCGUUGUCAACACGUCAUAUGAGACAUCUGUCCUAAAGCAAGGCGGAGAGCGUCUGCUUAUAUGUAAUCAACGUGUGGCAGAAUCUCAGUGUUUUUCUAAAAAAAUUGGAAAUCAACUCAUGGCAGUGUUUGCUUGAUAUCUUUGACAUUCAGGUUUCAUUCUGAUGGAAAGGAAUCCCUAAUCUGCACCCGACAACAGACAAAAAUAAUGCGCCAUAAGAGAAUAUUUACGUUACUUUUGACCGUUGUUGUGAACAUGUCGGUUUUGGUCACUUUCCCGGAUGGACGCCCGACUAUUUUGGAAAACAGUGACAAUUUAACAAUUGAUCAACACAGCAUCUUUACUCCUGUUGUAAACAACUUCUCGGACUGGGAACCGGGCACCUGCCCGGAAAAUUACCCUUGUAAAAAUGGAACCUGUGUUACCGUCAUGAUGCCAACGGGACGGGCAUUUAAGUGUAACUGUUACGAUAACUAUACAGGAGAGAACUGUGACAAAUUCUGCCCGCGUAACUGUGGUGCCAACGGUAGCUGCACUAUCUACAAGGAUGUCCCGGUUUGUCAGUGUAACUGGCCCUAUACAGGGAGUUUUUGUGAGGAGAUGAUGACCACACGAUCGGCGGUGAUCCAAGUUCAAUCUACUCCAGACUGGUUGUGGUACAUAGUGACUGCCUGUAUCCUUCUCCUCAUCCUCUUAAUUGUGGUAGCGGUGGUGAUGCCGCUCUACUUGUGGAAGCACAGGAACAUACUCAUCUUGAAGAUCGUGUAUUAUCUGAAGCCUUAUGAAGAUGACGAUGAAAAGAAGUACGACGCCUUCGUCUCAUUCAAAGGUCGAACAGAAGACGAAGCCUUCGUGUACCGGACGCUAGCACUGAGACUGGAGAACGAGAUGAACUUCAAGUUGUGUCUCCAUGACAGGGAUUUUAUUCCUGGAGAAUAUAUAAGUGACCAGAUUAUAGACGCUAUUGACAACAGUCGGCGUACCAUAUUGAUACUUUCGCCUGACUAUUGCAAUAGCGAGUGGACCAAGUUUGAAUACCACCGAGCCAGAGAGGAAAUGUUGAGGAAUAAGACACGAAUUAUACCAAUUAUGUAUAAGGAUAUUUCAUCAAUCGAGGACAUUGAUCCAACGCUGAACGAGCUUUUGAGAAGCAUAACUUACAUAACAUGGCCAGGGUUUGCAAGCGAUGUAGCAAACAAACAUGAACUAGAAGCCAUAGACGACAAAAAAGCUAGAAAAGAAGAAGAACGGAGGCAAAAAGAAGAAGAGCGCUUCUGGCGUAAAGUGCAUUUGACAAUGCCUAAGAAACAUAAGAACUCCUCAACGGAGCCGUUACCAAGUGAUUCUUGUACUGUGCCGCUUAGCCCAAUAAGCAACGGAAAAAUAAAUUCCGGUUUCACUAGCAACGACGAGACGCCAUCUGUCCCACUAUCUGACAUACGCACAAGUCCCGAAGACUUAUCCGAGAUUAACGUCAUUGUUGCUAACGGCAAAACAUCAAAAUAUGAAGACGUGGACAGCAGCAGCACCAUUCCAUCAUCCAAUGGCUUUCUGCAUAAUAAUGUUAAGUCAAUUGACUUUCCUUUAUCGCCAGCUUGUGAAAAGCAAAAUGGACAUCAUCAAAAUGGACUAACUAUCAGCGCUUGAUGGCUUAAACGUCUUGAUCCAAUAUGUUUCAUUAAUGGCGUAGUUCGUUUCUGGCACCGGGAAACUCAGCGGAUGGUGCAUCAGCUCGGCAAUUUGAAGCCCAAGAUAUGGUACCAGAAACGAUUUAUGUCUUUCAGAGCCAAAAUUAGUUUCAUCAUUCCUGCCGAUGAGCACUGCUUAGAAGCCAAUACUUACUUUCUCAAGAAGUGCUUGGAAUUUUAAUUUUCCGCUCUCUUGUUCGGCUAGAACCUGGCCCCAGAUGGAUGCGUGCACUUUUGUCGGUAAGCGUACACUGACAUUUGCGUGCUAGAAUGAUGGAAUGAGGAUGUGCUAUAAUGCGUCACAAGCCAAGAGGUUGAAUACACAGCCCGAUACACAGCUUGUUUUCAACUAACCUAAAGAUGUAAAUGAUUUGGGGAGAUUUUCGAGUAAUAGAAAAUCGCAGUUAUGGUGCGUGAAGUAACUGUGUGUAAGAAUAUAUCCCGUUUUAUGACUAUACCACCUAAUAUGUCAACGUGUCUGUGCACGCUUUGAUCCUCAAUGUGAUAUCAAAACUUCUUGGUAAAAUCUAGAAGGGUUUGAUAAGUAGAAUAUUUUGAACAUGGCGGUCAAGGCUCGAACUUAAAUCUUGAGAUUUUUUAUGUAAAAGUGCAACAUCAAGCAAAAUAUUUCAGUCGUGGACUUGGACCCAGAUGGGGGCGAUGAGUAGAAUAAAGUUUCAGUGAUCGACAGUUGUAUUUGUAUUGCUGUAACUGCUACUGUAGGAAUAGAUAGCCUCUUUUCUCUUUAAAAAUUCCACACCACAGCCAAAAUUUAUUAAUGUACAUAUCUUAUUAUUGUUGUCUUUAGAAUAGGAUAUUAUGUUUUAUUUGAUUUCUUGUAUUUUGUGUAAAUAGAUAUAUGCGAGGUGUAAAUCAGUUUUGUGUAUUGCGUCAUCAAAACAAGAUGGUAGAAUCUCAGGGGAGAAACCAUGUAAAUAUUGCAUUUUAAAUGUAUAGUAAACAUUGUCACGUUUUGUCAACAUAUAAACAUGUAUAUAUAACAUGGAAAUGAAUGCAGAUGUCAACAUCAUGAAUAAAGAAAAGAGUUUAAAUUAAUCUUAUGAAUACAGCAAUAUGAGAUUUUUCUAAUUGUAUGUUAUCAUUUUCAUUUAUUCAAUGAAAUCAUUUCAUUUUCGGAAAUAAAACGUUGUUGUUAUUA